ACCUGUACGCGAUACAACCUCCGACGACGGUGCCGACAAAAUGCACACCGCGACGCGGACACUGACCGUAAUAAUCGUAUCGCAUAUAUCGCUCGUAACGUUCGACCGACUCGGUUUCCUCGAUGCUCCCCGACGAUCGGACGAUGGUUUCUGCACCACGAGCGUCCGGAUGGCUCCGAGUAAUCGCGGAUUCUAUGCGCUCUGCGUAAAAAAAGAACGCGAGACAACCGUUACUUUUCGCUCCAAAUUCGUACUGCGUCAAUCAAACAUGGCCGUCCCGUGGUCGUGCCUAGUGAGUCUGAUAUCACGCCACGGGGGCACGCCGGGUAAUGCGCGAACAUGGCUGCCACGAUUGCCGGGGCGGCUUCCGUUGAUACGCGACACCGACGGGACGGAAUGUGCACGUAUCGAAUGCCACCGCAACCUCCGAUUUGGAACGGUGUCCUAGAGGCUACGACGAACGCCGAGAUAUGCACGCAACGGAACAUCUAUGUCUCUCAACAAGAGAUUGUCGGCAGCGAGGAUUGUCUUUAUCUCAAUGUCUACACACCGUGCAUACGUUGCACCAAAGAUCAUCCGAAUUUGCAGCAUGACCGAUGGGAAAUCACCGAUCGAUUCCCAGUCAUGGUUUGGUUCCAUGGCGGAGGAUGGCUCGCUGGAGCCGGCCACUCCGAAUUUUAUGGACCCAAGUUCCUGCUGGACUUUAAUCUCGUUCUAGUCACCGUGAACUUCCGACUUGGACCGCUGGGCUUUUUAAGUACGGAGGAUCUGGAGUGUCCAGGAAAUCUGGGAUUAAAAGAUCAGCAGCAGGCUUUGCGAUGGGUACACGAAAAUAUCGCUUACUUUAGUGGUGAUCCGAAUAGAGUGACCAUUUUUGGCGAAAGUGCUGGUGGUGCAAGUGUUUACUACCAUAUGGUCAGCCCUCUUUCAGAAGGACUUUUUCAUCGCGGAAUUUCGCAGAGUGGCAACUUCUAUAACCCAUGGACUUUAACGUCACCGGGAGCUGCCAAAAAAAAUGCCAUAACCGUAGGUAAACAUUUAAAAUGUAAUUCCGAGAAUUCCAAGGAACUCAUUAAAUGCUUACAAACAAAGAGCGCGGAGGAGAUUAUUGGCACCGAUCGUCUUUUCCAGAAAUUUGGUUACUGCCCAAUGAUACCAUUCCGACCAGUAAUCGAACCCGAACACGAAGGUGCCUUCCUGACAGAGGAUCCAUUAGUAUCUGUACGAGAAGGUCGCCUUCUCGAUGUACCUUGGAUGACGGGAAUUACUUCAGACGAAGGAUCUCUGAAAGUACCAAAUAUUUAUGGUCGCGAUAACAAUGUGAAAGAAUUGGAUAAAAACUUUAAAAAAAUUGCGCCUAUCAGCUUACUUUAUUUAGAUAGGUUUAACAUCACAAAUGAGGAUUUCCUAAAUGAGAUCAGCGAUACCAUUCGCGAUUUCUAUUUCGGCCAUGAUUCUAUCGACUACACUGAUAAUUCCAGAUUCAAACUCAUUGAAAUGUAUAGUGAUUCGUGGUUUAACCACGGUACUCACAGAGCUGUGCAAGACUUUAUUGAAUAUCAAAUUUCACCAGUCUUUUAUUAUUACUUCGCAUAUAAAGGAAGCGCGUCCUUCAGCAUGAUAUUCGGUGAUCCUACAAGAGAUUAUGGAGUAUCGCAUGCGGAUGAUUUGCAAUAUUUAUUCCCUGUGGGCGAACAAUUGUUCCCAAAUGUAACAUUAUCCGAACAAGAUAACGAAAUGAUCGACGUUAUGACCACUCUUUGGUACAAUUUUGCAAAUUACGGAAAUCCUACGCCGAAAGUUACAAAAGUGAUUCCAUUGAAGUGGAAACCUGUGAAAACAGAAUCCGCACCAGAAUAUCUGCGUAUACAAGACUCAAAGAAAAUUACUAUGGAACACAGUCCUGUUUGGGAGAGAAUGAUAUUUUGGGACUCCUUAACACGUCGAAUGGAGCUCUAUGACAAUAAAUUUAAACACGAUGAAUUGUAAUUUGUAUAUUUACACAUAAGUAACAAAGCCGAAAGCAAAGAUGUCUCGCAUCAAGCAAAGUGUGAUUGCAAGAAUCUUGAAAUGCUAAAAUUUUAAGAAAUUUUAUUCAUUCAUUUUUAAAAUUAGAUUUGCUUUUUAUUAACUUUAUAGAAUAAAUUGUAGUUAUUUCAAAAAUUUUUUGGAUUGUAGAUAUAAAUUAGGAAAAUUAUUUUACUAACAAGUGAGAUUUACAAAGCGCAUCUGUGUUAUAUAGAUUGUGCACUUUUUUAUUUAACAAGAGAAUGAUUCUUGCUUUUAUUUUAAAUUUUAAAAUAUGACCACUAGCAUAUUAAAUAUUAAAA